AUGCACGCCAUUCGCCCGCUGCAGCUCGACGCAGUGCUGACGUCGUGCGCCAAAUCGGCGCGGUCAUCGGCAUAUCGCAAUGCGUUGUCUGGCAGACAUCAACUUUGUCGUAGUGCAUGCCGAAGAUGGAUCUCCGAUGGCACACGACCUCCUCUCCCGCCAGGAAGUCCCCAGAAGACUAGAGUGACUGCUCCAAAGACACGGUUGGCGGUUGGAGUGGUCUUUGUAGGGACGUUGGCGUACUCAAUGUUCACAGGAGAGACAUCACCACCCGAUGAGCCUCCACCAAAUGCACAACAGCUACAAGCACCCACUAUAGCCGAGCGCGACCAGCUCAACAAGCGCGAGUCCGGCAUCAACGCCAAUUCCCCCAUGCGUCUGCGAAUGGAGCAAUUCAUCCAGCAAAACCAGGAGGAAAUCGUGCAAGCCCUGUCCGCCAUCGACGGCAAGAAAUUCACCGUCGACAAGUGGGAGCGUCCGAGAGGUGGAGGCGGCAUCACCUGCGUCCUGCAAGACGGCAACGUGUUUGAAAAAGCCGGCGUCAAUACAUCCGUGGUGUACGGCACGCUCCCCCGCGCCGCCAUCGCCAAAAUGCGCGUGCACCACAAAGCCCUCGACCCCGAAGUCGAGAGUCUCGAAUUCUUCGCCGCGGGGCUAAGUCUCGUACUCCACCCCAUCAACCCAAUGGCGCCCACCGUGCACCUCAACUACCGCUACUUCGAGACGGCGAACAAAGACGGCACCACCAACUCGUGGUGGUUCGGCGGCGGCACCGACCUCACGCCCUCCUACCUGUUCGACGAAGACGCCAUCCUCUUCCACCGCGGCAUCAAGGACGCGUGCGACAAGCACGACAAAGCCUACUACCCGCGCUUCAAGCAGUGGUGCGACGACUACUUCCACGUCACGCACCGCGGCGAGCGCCGCGGCAUCGGCGGCAUCUUCUUCGACGACCUCGACGAGAGCGAGAAGGAUCAGGAGUCGCUCUUUGCCUUUGUGCAGUCGUGCCUUGGCGCGUUUUUGCCUUCGUAUCUCCCUAUCCUGCAGCGCAGGAAGGACCUGGCGUACACGGAGAAGGAGCGGCAGUGGCAGCAGUUGCGGCGCGGGCGGUACGUGGAGUUCAAUCUGGUGCAUGAUCGCGGGACGGCGUUUGGGCUGAAUACGCCGGGGGCGAGGAUUGAGAGCAUUCUGAUGAGCUUGCCGCUUACGGCGCGCUGGCAGUAUCAGCAUGAGCCCGAGAAGGGGAGUCGAGAGGAGAGGUUGCUAGGGGUGUUGAGGGACCCGGUGGACUGGGUGUGA